UUUGGAGGCGGGACAAGUGGCUUCUUAUAUAUUUGAAACAGUUCAAUCUGCUCAAGAAGACAAGAAACUCGCUCAUUAAAAUACUAAAGGGGAAAAUGUCGGUUGUGUGCACGUCUCUCGGUCGCAGCGCUGUUGCUUUACGCAACUGUAGGGCAUCAGUGCUGGUGCGAUAUGCCCAGACUGCUGCGGCCCCUGCCCCUGAGCCAAGAAUAAAGACAUUUCAGAUUUACAGAUGGGACCCUGACACACCUGGUGACAAGCCACGCAUGCAAACCUAUGAAAUUGAUUUGAACACAUGUGGUCCUAUGGUUCUUGAUGCCCUCAUCAAAAUUAAAAAUGAGAUCGACCCAACACUGACCUUCAGACGUUCCUGUAGAGAGGGUAUAUGUGGUUCGUGUGCUAUGAACAUCAACGGGGGCAACACGUUAGCCUGUUUAAACAAAAUAGAUUCAAAUACCAGCAAAGUGACAAAGAUUUACCCUCUGCCUCACAUGUAUGUUGUGAAAGAUCUUGUCCCUGACAUGAGCAACUUUUAUGCACAGUACAAGUCCAUCGAGCCUUAUCUGAAGAAGAAGGAUGAGUCAAAACAGGGAAAGGAACAGUACCUUCAGUCAAUCGAGGACCGUCAAAAGCUGGAUGGCCUUUAUGAAUGCAUUCUGUGUGCAUGCUGCAGCACAAGUUGUCCAAGUUACUGGUGGAACGGAGACAAGUACCUUGGCCCAGCUGUGCUUAUGCAGGCAUAUAGGUGGAUGAUUGACUCUCGUGAUGACUUUACAGAAGAGCGUCUUUCCAAAUUACAGGACCCUUUCUCCCUCUACCGCUGUCAUACAAUAAUGAACUGUACAAAGACGUGUCCCAAGGGACUCAAUCCUGGAAAAGCCAUAGCGCAAAUUAAGAAAAUGAUGGCGACUUAUAAAGAAAACAGAUCAUCUGCUAGUUGAUUUGUAUGUUAGGGAUAUAACGUACUCUAUGUACUCAUUGAUUUCAGUUCAUUUAAAUUACUGUGUAAAUGUGUAAAUUCAUUCAGUCAUUACGAAAAAAGAAAAAUAAACCGCCUUCAUUUUUUUGGGGAAAUAUUAAUCAAAA